UCAGUUGACUUAAUAAGGCCAGUGCGUCGAGUGCAGCGCGUUUGAGCUUCAAAAAGUGCUUUGUGUCAGUUUUUUUAAUCCAACAAAUUGCAGUAAUUGCAUUUAGAUUUCUGAGACUGCUUUAAUUGUUGUUGCGAAUAUGCCGUUGAAUAUUAAAAAUGUUCUGGUCUGCGACGCUGUCGAUAAGUCGUGUGUUGAGCUUCUAGAAGAGCACGGCAUCAAUGUUACAUACAAACUGAAGCUGCCUGUGGAUGAGCUCUGUAAGGAAGUAAAGAACUUCGAUGCUGCCAUUGUACGUUCGGAUACAAAAAUAACAGCGGAAGUGCUGGCGGCUGGAGCUGGCAGCCUUAAGGUUGUGGGUCGUGCGGGUGCUGGAGUGGACAACAUCGAUGUGGCUGCAGCAACGGCGCAUAAUGUCGUCGUCCUUAACACUCCAGGCGGCAAUUCCAUUUCGGCUUGUGAACUGACGUGCAUCCUAAUUGGCGCUCUGGCGCGUCCCGUCGUGCCAGCCGGUCAGAGCAUGAAGGAGGGUCGUUGGGACAGGAAGCUUUAUAGUGGCACCGAGCUCUAUGGCAAGACCCUGGCGGUGCUUGGCCUAGGCCGCAUCGGACGCGAAGUGGCCAUACGCAUGAAGACUUGGGGCAUGAGGAUAAUUGGGUAUGAUCCCAUUACCACGGAGGACGAAGCUAAGGCCGCUGGAAUUGAAAAGUUAGAUUUGGAACAGAUUUGGCCGCUGGCAGACUAUAUAACUGUGCACACCCCAUUGAUACCGGCAACCAGAAACCUGAUAUCUACGAAGUCGCUGGCAAAGUGCAAGAAAGGCGUUAAGGUAAUCAAUGUGGCACGUGGCGGCAUCAUUGAUGAACAGGCCGUUCUGGAUGCACUGCAGAGUGGCCAAUGCGCUGGGGCAGCUUUCGAUGUCUUCCCCGAGGAACCACCCAAGUCGCAGGUCACUAAAGCACUCAUCAAUCAUCCCAAAGUUGUGGCCACGCCCCACUUGGGCGCAAGCACUGCAGAGGCACAAGUCCGCGUUGCCGUUGAGGUUGCAGAGCAAUUUAUUGCCCUAAAUGGCACCUCACCAAAGUAUACAAGCUAUGCAGGCGUUAUCAACAAGGAAGCACUUGCCCACUAUCAAUAAUGCAAAAUUCUUGAUCCCUUCGGCUUUAUUUGUCUGUGUUUCUAGCUGAAUCAAUUAUACCAUCAACAGUAAAA